CCUCGCCCGCAGCCCAGCGUCCCCUCCCCCCACCCGUCGGGCUCCUCGGCGGCUACUGCAGAGGAUUCACAGCCGAGUCGCUGAGGAGGAGGAGGCUCCCAGUCCCUGCGCGCCAUCCGCCACCUUACUGGACACGGGCGAGGGAGCGAGAGCGUCGCCUCUGUAGCCUUCAGAGAAGACAAGGGCAUCGCCGCUUCAGCUGCCGCCGCCGCCGUUUUCGCCUGCAGCGGCUCGCCGAUACUGAUUCUUUGUAAUACCAGCGUAGAGCUUCAUGUCAUGUUUUGGAUUCUCAGUUGUCCACAAUGAACCCUGUUUAUAGCCCCGUGCAGCCUGGGGCUCCUUAUGGCAACCCUAAGAACAUGGCCUACACAGGUUACCCUACAGCCUAUCCAGCUGCAGCCCCUGCCUACAAUCCCAGCCUGUACCCCACCAAUAGCCCCAGUUAUGCUCCAGAGUUUCAGUUCCUGCAUUCAGCUUAUGCAACUCUGCUGAUGAAACAGGCCUGGCCACAGAACUCGUCUUCCUGUGGCACUGAAGGCACCUUCCACCUCCCAGUGGACACCGGGACCGAGAACCGAACUUACCAAGCAUCCUCUGCGGCUUUCAGAUAUACUGCGGGGACACCAUACAAGGUCCCACCGACCCAGAGUAAUACUGCUCCGCCCCCCUACUCCCCAUCACCCAACCCCUAUCAGACGGCCAUGUAUCCUAUCAGAAGUGCCUACCCCCAGCAGAAUCUGUAUGCCCAGGGAGCCUACUACACACAGCCGGUGUAUGCUGCCCAGCCCCAUGUCAUCCACCACACCACAGUCGUCCAGCCCAACAGCAUUCCCUCUGCCAUCUACCCGGCACCUGUCGCUGCUCCCAGGACCAAUGGCGUGGCCAUGGGCAUGGUGGCCGGCACCACCAUGGCGAUGUCAGCAGGUACCCUGCUGACUGCACCCCAGCACACCGCGAUUGGGGCACACCCUGUCUCCAUGCCAGCAUACAGGGCCCAAGGGACCCCUGCGUACAGCUAUGUGCCCCCGCACUGGUAAAGCCUGCAUCCCAUCCAAAUUUGGAGUCACACAUUGUAUGCAACUACUCAAGUCUUACACAGGUGCUGGAGCAGCUCCCUAGCAGCACCACCUCUAUUUGCAAGAAGAGACAACGGAAGUGCAAGGGUCACUUUAUGCAUCUUUAACGGUUUUGGUUUUUAUUUUUGGUUUUUGUAAAAGCUGCUUUUUCUAAUCUCCUGCCUCUCCCCACUGUCCCCCUUUUAGCCACUGCCCUUCCAGCUCUAGCCCUCCUCCUACCUGACCAGGCACAUCCUCUCUGCUCUUCUUUUCUUCCCCAAGAAUCCAAUCCCGGGAGCCUCGUCUAGCAGCAGUCAGAGAGUGGGGUCUGUUGCAGUGGUUCAACUGAAGGUGCAGUUUCCUUUGAAGAGCAUGAGAGAUGUGAUCCUCAGGCCCAGGGUAGGAACUCAGAGCUGUUGAGCAGGCCACAUCUCUGGGGGAUUGUUUCUUUUUUGAUUUUCCUCAAGCAGGAUUAGUUUAAGACAUUACCAUGUCCUGACACAAAUGAAAUCUCUUCUGAGAACCAUCGCAACAGACCAAGAACAAAACCACCUGAUUAGGUAGGAGUGUUCAUAGCAGCUUAAUAAUACCCCAGAUCAGAACCUGGGAAAACCAGAUUCUUUCUUUGGGAGAACUUGGGGGAGGGUGGGGGGGAGGGGGGAACAAUGGAAAGGAAGAGGGAAGAGGGUCGAGAGGCGCUUGCCUGCUGGCUUUGGUUGGUAAGGUCUCUGGCCAAAUUGUCUGGGCCUGGACCCUCUAACUUGCACAGUGAUGUUAACUGACCUGGCACUUCCUCAGAAGGUGAUUUUGACCUCAGACCUACCAAGCAGCUGCAGGGUGGUGGGAUCCCAGCCUCCCAAAGCCUUGGAAGGCCAGAUGCCCUGUGUAAUCCAGACCUUGGCCCCUGGGCCCUCAUGGAUCCACCCUGAUGAGGAGCUUGCUCCUGAUUAGAGUGGAAACCUAUGGCAUUUCUCUCCCUUCCCUUUGCCCUUCCCACCGCCAGGGCUCACCUGUCUGUCCAUGGCGCUGGCAGACAGGCCAAGUUCUUGGUUACCUUGUGCCAUUCACAGCCACAGUGAAGGAACCACAUUCCAGGCGGGUGCUGGCGGCUCUGAAGGUCAGGUUAGUGAAGGAAAAGCAAUAGCAAUAAACACUUCAUAGACUCAUGGAACUGAAGGGACCUUAGCAACCAUCUCAUCCAUUCCCCUGUUUGACAGAUGAGGAAGCUGAGGCCCAGAGAAGCGGAAAGGACUUCCCUAGACCUUGCAGUAAAUUAGCAUUAAAUGCAGCCUUCCUGCCUGGGGCAUGUUGCCCAUGAAAAUUUACCUAGGGAUGGAUUGGCUUGGUUUUGUAAAAAUGAAGUCAGCUGUGCCCACACCUGGUGAGCUCGGGAACAGUCUCUGGGCUUUUGUUUCUGCUCUUUCCCUCCAUGGAUUCCAAAGACGGGGAUUGAAUACUGAGCAAAGGUCACAUGGGGGCAGAUGGCAGGAACAGAAAUUGCAAAUGAAGAAAUAGCAUUUGGAAAUUCUGUGAAGACAUCUGGAACUCUCAUCCUAUACCUGACUCCAGCCCUAAGGAUGGCUGAAAAGGAGUCCAUGCUUUUAAGCCAGUAGCCCCUCAUCCUGAGAGGAGAGGAGGAGGAGACACGGGCUGGGAGAAGAGGGACGCACUGGUCUCAACCAGGAGCCUGGUUAUCUAGCACUGUCCCCCUGCUCCCAGCACUUGGCUGGGCCAGCAGCCCCUUUGGGGAUGUGGGGAGAGGAACAUUUUACUGUACAGAAUGGGAUCAUUGAUGACAUUUAUAACUUUUAAAUAACUCUCUUCAUUUUAAAUUCAUGCAUACUUGGACAUAAUCCCUACCCCUACCUCCCGUGUCUCCCUAAAGGAGGAGAAAAUCAGGAAGCCCUUGGGCCAGAAGGACCUCAGAGGCUAUCUGGCUGUUCCCAGGAGGGCAAAGCCCAGCAGCAUCCUCAACCCAGAGCCAGGAGUUGGGGGCCCACCUUCUUGGCUUUCCAGGGAAAUGCAGCACCAGUAAGGAGAAGCCCAGCUGUCCUAAAUGGUCUGUUCUGGGGUGCUGAAGAGGUUUCGUUUUAAAACAAUAGGAAGUUUUCCAGUGUUAACCCAUUUUUUGCAAAUACCUCUUCCUACUCUCUGGUUUUCUAAGGGUGGGUGAAGGUUGUUUUAGAUUAUGUCGUACAUGUUUAGAAAAUGCCAAAAUAAUAAUAAUGAUUAUAAUAAUAAUAGGAAACCUUUGCAUUUGUCAGGUGCCUCAUAGACUUCAGAGCACUUCACAGCCUUUAAUUUACUGGCCCUGAGAGAAGGGGUCAGAGUUAUUACACCCAUUUGACAAAUGAGGAAACUGGUUCUAGAAGGAAAGGGAACUUGCCCAAAGUGAGCAGAAUCCUGGUAUCCUGACAAGCUUCCCUGAACCCUGCUGCCUCCAGAUGGGCUAGGGUAGGACCACAGAGAGGAGGAAAAAGGGAGGAGAUCUAGGAAUGACCUUUUUACUUUUGUUCAUUCUAUACCAGUAAGUAAAAACUAACAUCUAGUACCUCACAGUUCACAAAGCAGUUUUCCAUCAUCUGGUUUAACCCUGUGAAAUAGAUUAUUCUCUCAUUUGAUCCAUGAGGAAACUGAGACUUGGAAAAGCAAAGUGACUUGCUCAUAAGUGGCAGAGCCAUUUGAGUCCCAGCCUGCUGCCUCUGUCCCUCCAGUCUGAAUCCACACAAAGGCUCAUGGACUGAAACAUCAAUGCUCAGUACCCUCUCUUAGCCCUAGUAUGUAAUUCAAGAUCAGAGACAGGCCCCAAGGCAAAAACAAGGUGUGAAAAGGCUGUGGUCUGGAAGAGCCCAGGCCCAGCGCCCCUUUUUCAGCUUGAGCACUGGGGUCCCAGUUCAGCUGGCCUCACCCUUUUGCUUUGACAGAGAUCCACAAGCCUGGCCAAGCUUGGGGAGUCAUUGCAGAGGGACUGAGCCCAGCAGAACAGGGGCAGUAGUGUGCCUGUGAUAGGAUGAGAGCACACCUGGUAGGAUCACAGGCAUCUGUUGGGAGGUACCAUGGGUGUUAUCCAAAGAUACCGGAUGGCCCAGUGGUCAAGCUGGACAGAGGUCAGAGCUGGAAGGGCCCUGCCAUUGUAGGAAGGCCAGCAAGCUAGAAAGGACAAGGGGUGUGCCCACAUACAUAGCAAGCUACAGCAUGGCACCAGCAAAGCCCUCUCUCCACCCCACUCCACUGCCUCUCCCCAUUACUACAAACUUGGUGGCCAGGGUCAGGGGUACAGGUGGUUCCAGUCACCAACCAACCCUCUUGGCUUCCGCCACUUCUGCCUG